AUGCAGCAACACGCCGACCGCAUCUUGCCGCUCUACUUCUCCCCGGAGGAAGUUGAAAAUGGAGACCUUCGGGCCUACGUGGAGGAGUGGCGGCGCUUCCUCUUCCAGCACCGACGAACGCUGCUCAAGCAUGUGAAUCCGUCGACUCUGGAAGUCUUUUUGAGCUACCGAGAGCUCCUCGCUCGAAGUCCUCCGCCGUCCGCCGGCGCGUGCGCAGCUGCUCUCCGCGCGUCUCCGCAGGACGUUUUGAACACCAUCGCCUGCGGAGCCCACCUGGCGGUGCUGCACGAUCGAGAGGAGAGAGAAAAAGCCGCAAACGGCGCGCUUCUCUUUGCGACGCUAGGCUGCGGAGAGGCGGAGACUCGAGCUGCGCAGGACUGCGUGCCCGACAAGCCCUACCAAGCCGCCAGCGCACUCGAUGGAGACAUCUUGGUCGGUGGAGGGGAGAUAGAAGAGGAACGGACAGGACGAGGAGUAGCGCUCCACUCGCGCCGCAUUUGGAUCCGACUCCUCGGCUUCGGGCCGCUGACCUCGCUAUCCAUUCUGCGAAGCAGACAGGUCGGCAGUUUAGUCGCGGUUCGAGGCCGCGUGCUUCGAGUCUACGAGCCUCGCCCGUUGGUCACGGAGCUGCCGUUCGUCUGCGCCCGAUGCGGCGCUCGCUUUGUGCGUCAAUGCGUGGAAGGCAGAGUAUCUCAUCCAGGGCCUUGCCCGACGCCUCGCUGCUACAGCCGCCACUUCCUGCCUCAGCGCCGCGAGGCAGCGACGGUGGACUGGCAGAAGCUUUGUCUGCAGGCGGAGGAUACUGUGGUGGCGCAGCCGCGCCGAGAAGAGAAGAGCGAAGAGUCUGCGUCGCACGCGCUUCCAGGCCGCGAGGACGCCGCUGCGGCGGGCGACGCGCGGAGCUCACGCGGCGCCGGGGACGACUCGCAGCAGGCCGCCAGCAGGCACGACGAGAAAGAAGAAAAAGAGAGGCUGAGCGCGCAGAAUGAACUUAGGAGACCCGCGUCCGUGGACUGCGAGGUGCGCGGGUCUUUGGUCAACGGCUGCCGUCUCGGAGAGAAGAUCGUCGUAGUCGGCAUCGUCCGCGCCUACCAGGCGGCGGGGCUGAACCUGCCAGGGCGCGCGCUGCCGGAGGCUGCCCGUGCGCGGGUUCCAGGCCCCGGGAAGAGCUUGUUCACGCUCUACCUGGACGUCGUCUCGCUGGCCUCCGCGAGCCCCGAGCGGCAGCGGAGUCGCGUGCAGCGGCGCCAGCAGGCGCAGCACGCGAUCUACGCCGAGUUUCCGCGCGCGCUGCGCUCCCUCACCCUCGACGGCCCUCUCGCGGAGAUGGCUGCCGAGGACUGCCCCUGGAGGGACUUCACCGCGGCGCCUGGCGCGGGCGACCGCGCGCGCCCUAGCCUCGCAGGCUGGAAGCGGAGAAGACGAGGCGAGGCCGCCGGGGCGAGCGCGCGGAACGGGGUCGGGAAAACGGAGGAAAAAGGCAAGGACGGCGCGCAAACCUGCGCGAGAAACGACGCGGAACGCCGUCCGCAGGACGACAGCGGAGCCGCAGAAGGCGCCGGGUGUACGUACACCGCAAGUGCGGGGGAAGAGGGCUCAGCGAGUCCGGCCAAGAGCGAGGUGCUUGAUGAGGCGUUUCCAGCCUAUCCAGGCGACCCUGAUUUCGAGGAAACAGACAGCCACGUGGCCAUGCAGCAGCUGGAGUUCAUCACCGAAAUUUUUGAAAAGGAGGAGGGCCGUCUCGAGCUCCUCGCCGCGUCGCUCGCACCACACAUUCGCGGGCAUGAGGUCAGCAAAGCAGCUCUCGUGUUGACGCUGCUGGGCGGAGUGUCGGUCUACGGGGACGGCGAGGGGAGCUCGGAGGCCGCGGGGGGGGGGGAUGCCGAGGCACCGCCUGGCGUGCCGCAGGUCGCCUUCGACGGCAAGGCGCUGAAGCGCCGCGGAAGCAUCCACUUACUCCUCAUGGGCGACGCCGGCGUCGGGAAGAGCCGCUUGCUGCGUGCGACAGCGGAAGCGGGUGCAUUUGCAAACGCAGGCAUCUCCUCCGCCGUCCUCCGCUAUGCGGGGCUCAGCGCCGCCUGCAGCAGGCCCGCGAGCGAGCGAGACGAGGAAGACGAAGACGAAAUCGGGCCUGGCGGAAGUGUGUUCGUCUGCGGCAACUCCGCGUCCGCGGCGGGGCUGACCGCCUCCACGUACCGCGAGCCAGGCACAGGCGAAUUCGCCUUGGAAGCCGGGGCCCUCGUCCUCGCAGACGGCGGCAUUUGUUGCGUAGACGAGCUAGAUAAGAUGCACGCGGCCUCGACUUCGGCAGACAUCUCGGCGCUCUUGGAGGCGAUGGAGCAUCAGACCGUCUCCGUCGCGAAGGGCAGCUGCCACUGUACACUUCCCGCGCGGACGGCGCUCGCGGCAGCUGCAAAUCCGAAGGACGGAAAAUUCCAAGCUUCGAAGACUCUCGCGGAGAACGUGAAGCUGCCGCCCUGUCUUACGUCGCGCUUUGACCUGAUAAUCUGCCUCCACGACGAGGCCGGCAGCGACACAGAUCCUUUUCCCGCGUACGCCACGCGAAGACGCAGCGACCUGGACCCGCGAGAUUCUGAGCAUCCUCGCCCGUCGCUGUCAGGAAGGAAGGGUGCGCAGUCUCAGUCUCUAGCGGAAAGGAUCCGGGCUGUCAAACCCGCCAAACUCCUUCCGCUCUCCCUGAUGCAGGCUUACCUCGCGUACGCGCGGCAGUACGUCCGGCCUGUCUUAACUCCGGAGGCGGGCGAGGCCCUCAAGCGGCUUUACGCGUUUCUGCGGCGGCAGGAGGACAGCGAGUUUGCGGCGCAUGACUCGCUUCCGGUCGGCAUGCGCCAGCUCGAGUCGCUUAUUCGCUUCUGCGAGGCGCGCGCGCGUGCGGACUUGGUCAACGAAGUGACGGAGGCGCAUGUACGGGACGUGGGGAACAUCUUCGUGAACAGUGCAGCCUUCUCUCGACUCGCCUACGCGGCCUCGCCGGCCGCUCAAGCCGAGGCCGCGUGCCUCGCGCUCUACCCCGCGGGCGGGAGACAGCUGAACCCCACUUGCGCCACGACAGCCGCUCAACUCGUCGCGAUCGCCGCAGGGAAGAAAGGAAGAAAGCGCAAAUCUCUCGCGGGCCUCGUGCCCAGCUUUCUGCAAGCCUGCAUCCUCUUUCUUUCCAACAACCCGUGCGCGGGCUUGACCAAUCGACAACUGCUGGACUGCGCCACUGUCGUGGUUUCCCGAGCGGACUCCACCGCCUGCCCUGAAGCCCUGGUGGCGCUGGCGAACGAGGGAGGCUACAUUCUGCGGAAAGCUGACGGCCUCUGGCAAGUGGAUAGAGCUUUCGGUGCGUCUGCGUUCUAG